AUGAUGGAAUUUUAGCUGCAGUCUUCUUGGUUCCAGCUUGUCAAUCUCAAACCCUGAGUGUAAAAGAUUCAGCAGGGCACUUUCUUAUGCAAGGAGCUAAACAGUGAUAAAGAAGCAGGAUGAAAAGAUGGCACAAUCAGUGCUGGUACCGCCAGGACCUGACAGCUUCCGCUUCUUUACCAGGGAAUCCCUUGCUGCUAUUGAACAACGCAUUGCAGAAGAGAAAGCUAAGAGACCCAAGCAGGAGCGCAAGGAUGAGGGUGAUGAAGAUGGCCCAAAGCCAAACAGUGACUUGGAAGCGGGAAAAUCCCUUCCAUUUAUUUAUGGAGACAUUCCUCCAGAGAUGGUUUCAGAGCCCCUGGAGGACCUGGACCCCUACUAUAUCAAUAAGAAAACAUUUAUAGUAUUGAAUAAAGGGAAAGCAAUCUCUCGAUUCAGUGCCACUUCUGCCCUGUACAUUUUAACUCCCUUCAACCCUAUUAGAAAAUUAGCUAUUAAGAUUUUGGUACAUUCUUUAUUCAAUGUGCUCAUUAUGUGCACGAUUCUCACCAACUGUGUGUUUAUGACCAUGAGCAACCCUCCAGACUGGACAAAGAAUGUAGAGUACACCUUUACAGGAAUUUAUACUUUUGAAUCACUUAUUAAAAUACUUGCAAGGGGUUUUUGUUUAGAAGAUUUCACAUUUCUACGGGAUCCUUGGAAUUGGUUGGAUUUCACAGUCAUUACUUUUGCGUAUGUAACAGAAUUUGUAAACCUAGGCAAUGUUUCAGCUCUUCGAACUUUCAGAGUAUUGAGAGCUUUGAAAACUAUUUCUGUAAUUCCAGGCCUGAAGACCAUCGUGGGGGCGCUGAUCCAGUCUGUGAAGAAGCUGUCCGAUGUCAUGAUCCUGACCGUGUUCUGUCUGAGCGUGUUUGCACUCAUAGGCCUGCAGCUCUUCAUGGGCAACCUGAGGAAUAAAUGUUUGCAGUGGCCCCCAGACAAUUCUUCCUUUGAAAUAAAUAUCACCUCCUUCUUUAAUAACUCAUUGGAUGGGAAUGGUACUGCUUUCAAUAGAACAGUGAGCAUGUUUAACUGGGAUGAUUACAUUGAAGAUAAAAGUCACUUUUAUUUUUUGGAGGGGCAGAAUGAUGCUCUGCUGUGUGGCAACAGCUCGGAUGCAGGCCAGUGUCCAGAAGGAUACAUCUGUGUGAAGGCUGGGAGAAACCCUAACUAUGGCUACACGAGCUUUGACACCUUCAGCUGGGCUUUCUUGUCCUUAUUUCGUCUCAUGACUCAGGACUUCUGGGAAAACCUUUAUCAAUUGACUUUACGUGCUGCUGGGAAAACCUACAUGAUAUUCUUUGUGCUGGUCAUUUUCCUGGGCUCGUUCUAUCUAAUAAAUUUGAUCCUGGCUGUGGUGGCCAUGGCCUACGAGGAACAGAAUCAGGCCACACUGGAAGAGGCUGAGCAGAAAGAGGCCGAAUUCCAGCAGAUGCUUGAACAGCUGAAAAAGCAGCAGGAAGAAGCUCAGGCAGCAGCGGCAGCAGCAUCUGCCGAAUCCAGAGAUUUCAGCGGCGCUGGUGGGAUUGGAGUUUUCUCUGAAAGUUCUUCAGUCGCAUCCAAGUUGAGCUCCAAGAGUGAAAAAGAGCUGAAAAACAGGAGAAAGAAAAAGAAACAGAAAGAACAGUCUGGCGAAGAAGAAAAGGAAGAUGUAGUCCCAAAAUCUGAAUCUGAAGACAGCAUUAGAAGAAAAGGCUUCCGCUUUUCCUUAGAAGGCAGCAGGCUUACAUAUGAAAAGAGAUUUUCUUCUCCACAUCAGUCGCUGCUGAGCAUCCGGGGCUCCCUUUUUUCUCCACGGCGCAACAGUAGGGCGAGCCUUUUCAGCUUCCGAGGUCGAGCAAAGGACAUAGGCUCAGAGAAUGACUUCGCGGAUGACGAGCACAGCACCUUCGAGGACAAUGACAGCAGAAGGGACUCUCUGUUCGUGCCGCACAGACACGGAGAGCGGCGCCACAGCAACGUGAGCCAAGCCAGCCGCGCCUCCAGGGUGCUCCCGAUUCUGCCGAUGAACGGGAAGAUGCACAGCGCCGUGGACUGCAACGGCGUGGUCUCGCUGGUUGGUGGCCCAUCCGGCCUCACCUCGCCAGCCGGGCAGCUGCUGCCGGAGGGCACAACUACCGAAACAGAAAUAAGAAAGAGACGAUCUAUUUCUUACCAUGUUUCCAUGGAUUUGCUGGAAGAUCCUACAAGGCAAAGAGCCAUGAGCAUGGCCAGCAUUCUGACCAACACCAUGGAAGAACUUGAAGAAUCCAGACAAAAAUGCCCACCCUGCUGGUAUAAAUUUGCUAACAUGUGUUUAAUUUGGGACUGCUGUAAACCAUGGCUAAAGGUGAAACAUCUUGUCAACCUGGUUGUGAUGGACCCGUUUGUCGACCUGGCCAUCACCAUCUGCAUCGUCCUAAAUACGCUCUUCAUGGCCAUGGAGCACUACCCCAUGACUGAGCAGUUCAGCAGCGUGCUGUCUGUUGGGAACCUGGUUUUCACUGGGAUCUUCACUGCAGAAAUGUUUCUCAAGAUCAUUGCUAUGGAUCCGUAUUAUUACUUUCAAGAAGGCUGGAAUAUUUUUGAUGGUUUUAUUGUGAGCCUUAGUUUAAUGGAACUUGGCUUGGCAAACGUAGAAGGAUUAUCAGUUCUUCGAUCAUUUCGACUGGUCCUGAACCUCUUCCUGGCCUUGCUGCUGAGCUCCUUCAGUUCUGACAAUCUUGCUGCCACAGACGAUGACAAUGAAAUGAACAACCUGCAGAUUGCUGUGGGACGGAUGCAGAAAGGAAUUGAUUUCGUGAAAAGAAAGAUACGCGAAUUUAUUCAGAAAGCCUUUGUUAGAAAGCAGAAGGCUUUAGAUGAAAUAAAGCCCCUGGAAGAUCUAAAUAACAAAAAAGACAGCUGUAUCUCCAACCACACCACUAUUGAAAUAGGCAAAGACCUCAAUUAUCUCAAAGAUGGAAAUGGAACCACCAGUGGCAUCGGCAGCAGUGUGGAAAAAUACGUUGUCGAUGAAAGUGAUUACAUGUCGUUUAUAAACAACCCCAGCCUCACCGUGACGGUACCAAUUGCUGUUGGAGAAUCCGAUUUCGAAAAUUUAAAUACUGAAGAGUUCAGCAGUGAGUCCGAUAUGGAAGAAAGCAAAGAGAAGAUAAAUGCAACUAGUUCAUCUGAGGGCAGCACAGUGGACAUAGGAGCUCCUGUUGAGGGGGAGCAGCCGGAGGUUGAGCCUGAAGAGUCCCUGGAACCUGAAGCCUGCUUUACAGAGGAUUGCGUACGCAAGUUCAAGUGUUGCCAGAUAAGUAUAGAAGAAGGCAAAGGUAAACUCUGGUGGAACUUGAGGAAAACGUGCUAUAAGAUAGUGGAGCACAACUGGUUUGAAACUUUCAUUGUCUUCAUGAUUCUGGUCAGCAGUGGGGCUCUGGCCUUUGAAGAUAUAUAUAUUGAGCAGCGAAAAACAAUUAAGACCAUGUUGGAAUAUGCUGACAAGGUUUUCACUUACAUAUUCAUCCUGGAAAUGCUUUUGAAGUGGGUUGCAUAUGGCUUUCAAGUGUAUUUUACUAAUGCCUGGUGCUGGCUAGAUUUCCUGAUUGUUGAUGUCUCACUGGUUAGUUUGACUGCAAAUGCCCUGGGUUACUCAGAACUUGGUGCCAUCAAAUCCCUACGGACACUACGAGCUCUGAGGCCCCUGAGAGCUUUGUCCCGCUUCGAAGGAAUGAGGGUUGUGGUGAAUGCUCUCUUAGGAGCCAUUCCUUCUAUAAUGAAUGUGCUCCUGGUCUGUCUGAUCUUUUGGCUGAUCUUCAGCAUUAUGGGAGUGAAUCUCUUUGCGGGCAAGUUUUAUCACUGUAUUAACUACACCACUGGAGACAUGUUUGAUGUAAGCGUGGUCAACAACUACAGUGAAUGUCAAGCCCUCAUAGAAAGCAAUCAAACUGCCAGGUGGAAAAAUGUGAAAGUAAACUUUGACAAUGUGGGCCUGGGAUAUCUUUCUCUGCUUCAAGUAGCCACGUUUAAGGGAUGGAUGGAUAUCAUGUAUGCAGCUGUUGAUUCACGAAAUGUAGAAUUGCAACCCAAAUAUGAAGACAAUCUGUACAUGUAUCUUUAUUUUGUUAUUUUUAUUAUUUUUGGUUCUUUCUUUACUUUGAAUCUUUUCAUUGGUGUCAUCAUAGAUAACUUCAACCAACAGAAAAAGAAGUUUGGAGGUCAAGACAUUUUUAUGACAGAAGAACAGAAGAAAUACUACAAUGCGAUGAAAAAACUGGGUUCAAAGAAACCACAAAAGCCUAUACCUCGACCUGCUAACAAAUUCCAAGGAAUGGUCUUCGAUUUUGUAACCAAACAAGUGUUUGACAUCAGCAUCAUGAUCCUCAUCUGCCUCAACAUGGUCACUAUGAUGGUGGAAACGGAUGACCAGAGCCAGGAGAUGACGAACAUUCUGUACUGGAUCAACCUGGUGUUCAUUGUGCUCUUCACCGGGGAGUGCGUGCUGAAGCUCAUCUCCCUGCGUUAUUACUACUUUACCAUUGGGUGGAACAUCUUUGAUUUUGUCGUGGUCAUCCUGUCCAUUGUAGGAAUGUUCCUUGCAGAGCUGAUAGAGAAGUAUUUUGUGUCCCCUACCCUGUUCCGAGUGAUCCGUCUUGCCAGGAUUGGCCGAAUCCUCCGUCUGAUCAAAGGAGCAAAGGGGAUCCGCACGCUGCUCUUUGCUUUGAUGAUGUCCCUUCCAGCCUUGUUUAACAUCGGCCUGCUGCUCUUCCUGGUCAUGUUCAUCUACGCCAUCUUUGGAAUGUCCAACUUUGCCUAUGUGAAGAGGGAAGUUGGAAUUGAUGACAUGUUCAACUUUGAGACCUUUGGCAACAGCAUGAUCUGCCUGUUCCAAAUCACCACCUCUGCUGGCUGGGAUGGUUUGUUAGCACCUAUUCUCAACAGUGGACCUCCGGACUGUGACCCUGAUAAGGUUCACCCUGGAAGCUCAGUGAAGGGUGACUGUGGGAAUCCAUCUGUUGGGAUUUUCUUUUUCGUCAGUUACAUCAUCAUUUCCUUUCUGGUCGUGGUGAACAUGUACAUCGCUGUCAUUCUUGAGAACUUCAGUGUUGCCACUGAAGAAAGUGCAGAGCCCCUGAGUGAGGAUGACUUUGAGAUGUUCUAUGAGGUUUGGGAGAAGUUUGACCCUGAUGCAACUCAGUUCAUAGAGUUUGCUAAGCUCUCAGAUUUUGCAGAUGCCCUGGAUCCUCCUCUUCUCAUAGCAAAACCAAACAAAGUCCAGCUCAUUGCCAUGGACCUGCCCAUGGUCAGUGGAGACCGGAUCCACUGCCUGGACAUCUUAUUUGCUUUUACAAAGAGGGUUCUGGGUGAGAGUGGAGAGAUGGAUGCCCUGCGGAUACAGAUGGAAGAGAGGUUCAUGGCAUCAAACCCAUCCAAAGUCUCCUAUGAGCCCAUUACAACCACUUUGAAACGCAAACAGGAGGAAGUGUCUGCUAUUGUUAUCCAGAGAGCUUAUAGACGCUACCUUCUAAAACAGAAAGUUAAAAAGGUUUCAUCUAUAUAUAAAAAAGACAAAGGCAAAGAAGGUGAAGGAACGCCUAUCAAAGAUGAUACCCUCAUUGACAAGCUUAAUGAGAAUUCAACUCCAGAGAAAACCGAUGUGACACCUUCCACCACCUCUCCACCUUCCUAUGACAGUGUGACCAAGCCGGAGAAAGAGAAAUUUGAGAAAGACAAAUCAGAAAAGGAAGAUAAAGGAAAAGAUAUCAGGGAAAGUAAAAAGUAAAAAUAAACAAAGAAUAAUCCAUUUUGUGAUCAAUUGUUUACAGCCUGUGAUGGUGAAGUAUCCGUGAAAAUGGACUUUCACAGGAGGGCUAUGCCAAACUGACUGUUUUUACAAAUGUAUACUUAAGGUCAGUGCCUAUAAUAAGACAGAGGCCUCCACUCAGCAAACUGGGACUCAAUAAAUCAGAGAACUAGCGCCAGGAGGUUUCUGUUUUCACAACCAGCUGACACUGCUGAAGAGCAGAGCGUAAUGGCUACUCAGACUAUAGGAACAAUUGAAAGGGGGAGGGAAGUAAAAUUUUUAUGUAAAUUAUGUGACACUUGACAAUAGUAACUGUCACCGCUGUUUAUGUUUUAAUUGCCACACCUGCCAUAUUUUUACAAAAUGUGUGCUGUGAAUUUAUCAUCUUUUUUUUUUUAAUUCACAGGUUGUUUACUAUUAUAUGUGACUAUUUUUGUAAAUGGGUUUAUGUUUGGGGAGUGGGACUACAGGGAGGGAAUUCUGCAUUACUCUACUGUACAGCUGGAUAUAUUUUAAAUGAAGGCAUGCUGCAAUUCUCAUUCAUGCAUAAAAACAUUACAUCACAAAAGGAAAGAGUUUACUUCUUGUUUCAGGAUGUUUUUAGCUUUUUGAGGUGCUUAAAUAGCUGUUCAUAUUUUUAAAGUGUUUCAUCCAGAAAAUUUUAAUGUGCCUGUAAAUGUUCCA